UCCGCUGAUUGGCUCGGCCGUCUAGCACUAAACGAGCUUUCUUCUCAUAGGUAUUUUUCAUUAAUAACCCGUAAACAAAGCCGCGGAUUGCAUUUUCGCUGAGGAAAAAGUUACUUGAAAUGAUCUCAAGAACCCCACAUUUCCCAAAAGUACCUUAAUUUUGGUACAUCAUGUGUAGUACAUUCGUGAUCUUUGCCACAAGUAUUGCCAAUAUACAUAUAUAUUUAGUUUUGUACAACGGCCGAACUUACAAGGCUAUUUCAAUACAUGUGAUUAGUACUGUGUCAUAAUGGGUUUCAUAAGAUUCAAUAACUAUGUUAUAAAUCGAUGCAUAUCAAAUACACACAAGUGUAGUGCUCGAAAUUUCAGUUUUGAUUCGCUUAAGAAUGCUUUCGCAAACUCUUUUCGAUUCCAACCCCAACCGUCAACACCGCCUUAUAGUCACAUUUGUCAACUUGGCGACCCUGUUCUACGGAUGAAAUCGACACCAUUGGAUCUUAAAUUAAUAGAAACGCGCAAAUUUCAAACGAUGCUUGAUCAAUUAAGAGAUGUAAUGAAGAAGUACCAAAUGGCUGGACUGUCAGCACCACAAAUUGGUAUUCCUUUGCAAGUAUUUGCCAUAGAAAUAAGAGAACAUUAUAUUAAAUUAAUUGAUCCAAGAAUUAGGGAAGCCCUACGAAUGGAGCAAGUUCCAUUAACAUAUUUCAUUAAUCCAACCAUGGAGAUAACAAAUCCAGAACAAGUAAUGUUUACUGAAAUGUGUGGCAGUGUUUGUGGUUAUGAGGCGGAUGUAAAAAGAGCAAAAGGAGUUGAAAUCAAAGCUUUAAACCGACUUGGGAUUCCAUUUUCUUGGAAAGCUGAAGGAUGGGUAGCCAGAGUGAUACAACAUGAAAUUGAUCAUUUACAAGGUAUACUUUAUAUUGAUAAAAUGGAACCAUCAACAUUUCAAUGUUCUAUGUGGGAAAAUAUAAACAUAAAUAAAGGAAAAGUAGUACUGAAAUAUUAUGCAAAAUAAUUGCAAUAGGGAUAUAUAAAAUAAUUCGUACAAUAUUGAAAGGAUUGUCAUUACCAGUAUAAUCGUCUGAUUAUCUCCGAAAAAAUAGGUGUAAUGUG